GCCAUUUCAAAUGGCGCGUACCCAAACCGCAUUAAAAUUUGAUCACAUCGUAACUUUCUAACAGAAAACAGGUUACUAAGAAGAGGGUUGGCAUACUGUUCACACCACUAAGUUCACUAUGCCACUGAAACUCCUUCAGUUACUGGUCCUUGUUGGGAUGACGAGCCAGCAGUCGAGGUAUUGCCAAUAUCGAACAUCGAAGUCGGUAUCAUGUAGUGGAAUAACUUCCCUAAAGCAACUGGAAACGGGUAUCGACGAGGCGAUCAUCAGCGAAAACGUCGGUCCCAAAGACCUCGAGACUUUGGAAUUGAGAAGCAGUCAAAUAAAUUUUCUGAACCCGGGCAUCUUCACCGAUUUCGUUAACAUUAAGGUACUAAAGAUUCUUUUCAGCAACAUAACCAAAGUACCAGAAGACACGUUUAAAUAUUUGAAAAACCUUACCACGGUGGUAAUCGGUUUCAGUAACAAGGUGGAUCAGGGCGUUACUCAAGGACUCUCCAAAUUGAAGAAUUUUUACGUGUACUCCACCAAGCUCGUCCAGUUCACCAAACUGACCUUUGACCAGAUGAGCUCUUUGACCAAGCUCGAUUUAAAUAACGAUUUUUUGUCGGUGAUCGAAGCGGGGUCUUUCGACAAAUUGGUACAUUUGAAAGAGCUUCAGCUUGCUUCCAAUCGACUAACAGGCUUGCCAAAAAAGCUUUUAGCAAAUUUGAAAGCGUUAGAAAGUAUUUCUAUUCAAGAUAACCAACUGAUACAACUCGAAGAGGACCUUUUUAAAGGACUUUCAUUGGUGAAGACGAUUAAUUUAGCAAGCAACCUCCUGACAAUGGUACCUGCAAGGUUGUUUCAAGACCUAUCCGCUCUUAAUGAGCUAAGUUUCAAAGAUAACCACAUCAUAUGGUUACCUGAGGAUCUUUUUGCAAGCACAAAAAGUCUCGAAGUACUCGACCUUUCCGUCAAUCAACUUUCUUCACUGCCAGUGCACGUAUUUAAAACCCUAAUCCAACUAAAGUCGAUCGACCUGUCGCAAAAUCAGCUGACUGCCCUCCCAGUCGACCUACUCAAAGGCCUCACCAAACUAACCGAUCUAAAGCUGAAAUACAACCAAAUAGAAUCGCUGCCACCUGGCUUCUUUCCGGAAAGCUCCCAGCUGAGGGUUUUGGACCUUAGUUCAAAUAAUCUGAAAACACUCCUACCCAUAACCUUCCAAAAUCUAAAGCACUUAUCUUUCUUAGCUCUCUCGGAAAAUCGCAUUUCUGUACUUGGACGAGACGAGCUUAAACCACUGAUCAACUUAGAACAUUUGGAUCUGCAUGGAAACUAUCUGCAACGCAUCGCAUCGGACAGCUUCACAGACUUGAAGAAACUAAAAUUCAUCAUCCUCAGCGGAAAUAAUAUCAGGUCACUUCCCGUCGACGUUUUCAAGCCGCUCGAAUCAGUGCACGAAAUCGAUUUGUCCCAUAAUCAAAUCCAAAAUUUGGACAAGGACCUCUUCGCCAAACUGCCCAAGUUGAGCUACCUGAACGUGACCUUUAACGACAUCGGCCCAACCUCACAGGGCAUCUUUAAGCAAUUCGGAAAGCUGACUUACUUUAGUUUCGAAGGCAAUCCCAUUGGGAACAUUUCGUGCGAGUACCUCAGAGACCUGAAGAAAAUCGAGCACCUGAUCUUUCGUUCUAACGGCAUUGAGGAAAUUUCCCGCUUCUGCUUCGACGAUCUGAAGGAACUGCGUACGUUGGAGAUCACCAAAAACAAUAUUCGCGGGAUAAAGAACUGGACGUUUGGCCUACAUAAAUUGUUGAAUCUGAUUUUGGAGGAGAACCAAAUCGAGUUCAUAGAGAAUCGGGCGUUUUCCGGUCUUAAGGUUGUGCGCAAGGUGUCGCUGGCCAGAAAUCGGAUUUCAUCGGUCCAGGCUGAGAUGUUUCAUGGGCUACAAAGCGCGACAUCUCUGGACCUCUCACAUAACCGCAUCUCCUUCAUACACUCCUGCACCUUUGACUUUUUGGGAAAUUUAGAGUUUCUCAGCUUGGACUCGAACCAACUGAACUAUUUCCACUACGACGUCUUCCACAAGCUGCCACGUUUGACCGAGCUUCAUUUGUCCAAGAACGGAAUUGAUAACCUCCCACAUGGCCUAUUCAAACCGCUGACCUCGCUUACAACUGUGCGUCUGUGCGGAAAUAAACUCACAAAUUUAGACAAUGGGACUAUACCGCACGCGGAGAAUUUGCAAAAUUUGCACUUGGAAAGCAACGGGAUGCGAGCGAUAGGCGCGCAAGCUUUCUCCAAGUUCAAGACGUUGCGAGAGCUCAAUUUGGCGGACAACUCGCUGACGGAGGUCAGCACGGCAAUGUUCGAGGGAUUGACUGAGCUGGUCGCGCUCGAUCUGAAAUUCAAUCAUAUCGGUGAUAUCAACCUAACCUUCUUCGACGCGUUUCCGCACUUACAGAAGGUGAACGUGGAGGGAAAUAAAAUAUCAGUGGAGAAGCAUACGGCUAUUAACUUAAAGUAUCCUGACAUGGACGCAAUUGUUGCUAAAUAUCGCUUUCAUUAUCAUUUGUAAUUGGCGCCUCUGAGAUGCUUUUCAAUUUCUCAGAAUCGGAUGAAUAAACUUUCUGUCAAGUU